UAUUUCCCCUCCGCCUGGGCCGGUCCCAUCUGAAGCCGGAGUGACCCGAGGAGGACACGCAUCCAAUUUCAUUGGGUUGCUAGGUAUUAAUAUGCCUUGCCUCUUUAAACUACUGACAUACAAAUAGAAGUGAUGGUGAGAACCUGGCUCAGGAAAUGCAGUAGCAGGCCAUAUUGCAUCCAAAGGAAUUACUCACAGCUGUGCUCCGUGCAUUCUCUGUGGGCCUGGCAGGGAAGAAGACAUCCCUGUGGCAAUGGGCGUGACACGGAUGCUCUUGGAAUGCAGUCUCAGUGACAAGUUGUGUGUCAUCCAGGAGAAGCAGUAUGAAGUGAUUAUCGUCCCAACUUUCUUGGUUACUAUCUUCCUCAUCCUUCUUGGGGUCAUCCUGUGGCUUUUUAUGAGAGAGCAAAGAACUCAACAGCAGCGUCCUGGACCUCGAGACAUUGCUCCUGUCCCUCCAUCUAGGGACCUAAGCUGGGAAGCAGCUGGAUGUGGAGGAAAUGUGGCUUUGCCACUUAAGGAGACAUCUGUGGAAAACUUUCUGGGAGCUACCACACCUGCCUUGGCUAAGCUGGAGGUGCCCCGGGAGCAACUCUCUGAAGUUCUGGAGCAGAUUUGCAAUGGUAGCUGUGGGCCCAUCUUUCGAGCCAGUAUGAACACUGGGGACCCUUCGAAGCCCAAGAGUGUUAUUCUCAAAGCUUUAAAAGAACCAGCUGGGCUCCAUGAGGUACAGGAUUUCUUGGGGCGAGUCCAAUUCCAUCAAUACCUGGGGAAACACAAGAACCUGGUGCAGCUGGAAGGCUGCUGCACCGAGAAGCUGCCACUCUAUAUGGUGCUGGAGGAUGUGGUCCAUGGAGACCUGCUCAGCUUUCUCUGGACCUGUCGCCGGGAUGUGAUGACCAUGGACGGUCUUCUCUACGAUCUCACAGAAAAACAAGUAUAUCACAUCGGAAAGCAGGUCCUUUUGGCUCUGGAAUUCCUGCAGGAUAAGCAUUUGUUCCAUGGGGAUGUGGCAGCCAGGAAUAUCUUGAUCCAAAGUGAUCUCACUGCUAAGCUCUGUGGAUUGGGCCUGGCUUAUGAAGUUUAUACCCGAGGGGCCAUCUCUUCUCAAACCAUACCUCUCAAGUGGCUUGCCCCAGAACGGCUUCUCCUAAGACCUGCUGGCAUCAAAGCAGAUGUAUGGUCUUUUGGGAUCCUGCUCUAUGAGAUGGUGACUCUAGGGGCACCACCGUAUCCUGAAGUCCCUCCUACCAGCAUCCUACAGCAUCUCCAAAGAAGGAAAAUCAUGAAGAGACCCAGUAGCUGCACACAUACCAUGUAUAAUAUUAUGAAGUCCUGCUGGCGCUGGCAUGAGGCUGGCCGCCCCUCACCUGGAGAGCUACGCUUGCGCCUAGAAGCUGCCAUUAGAACUGCAGAUGACAAGGCUGUGUUACAAGUACCAGAGUUGGUGGUACCUGAACUGUAUGCAGCUGUGGCCGGCAUCCGAGUGGAGAGCCUCUUCUACAAUUACAGCAUCCUUUGAAGAGUCCCAGACAAGAAACAUUCAUGCAUGAUUAUAUGUUCUUGGACUCAAUUCCUCUAAGAACAGAGAAUGGUGUUUCCAGGGGACACAAAGGGAGAAAUGGAACAUGGAUUCUUGAUCUUCCUUUGCACAUUUCUCUGGAAAUCUGAAAUGACGGUGGAUGAGACUCUACGCACCAUACACCCUGAGCUGAGACACAUUGUCAGUCUGACUUCUACUGUCCCAGUCCUAGAAACACUGGGUAGAAGUGGUGGGCGUGCGCAAAGGAGGUUUUAGAACUCUGCAGUAUUUGUUGGGGCAUGACGUAAAUAAGCUCAUCCCUCCCAUCCUAGGCCAGUUUUCUCUGGAACCACAUUUUUAUCUAGAUGAUUACAAGGUCCAGAACAUUUGGAGUGAAAUGAAGGAAUAGAAAUCCAAUAAAAGAGUUGAAGGGAAAGGAAAUUUAAGGUUCUGCUUGCUCAGGAUUACAGAUGUGGACCAACACCUCCUUCAGAGAAAAGGUGGUAGGGCACCUGAUCCCUCUUCAGUCCUGAUUCCUACCUAUAGGAUUGGAAGAGAACUAUAACGGAAAACCUCUGAGUCUCCCCUUAAGUAUAGAUAAAACAAAGAUGGUCCCCUUUUAUCUGAGACACGUAAACUCUGUUUGUUAGUACUUUUUAAUUAGAAGGUGGGGUCAUUUCACGAUUGAGAACAUUCAACAUGUGUUGUUCAUUGAACUAGCUUCCUAGCUCCGAUUAGACUAAGGCCAUUAAGCCUAGAGAGUCAAUGUUAGAAUCGUGAUAAAAAUGCUGUGUGUGCAUGUGUGUGUGCACAGUCAAUAGGGAGAAUAGAAACUAAGCAAGAAGACUUAGCAGCCGCGUCUUUAACAAGGGCUAGAAAAGAAUGUCGUCCUAUAGGGAAGGAUAGUAGCUUCUAAUUUUCAAUCAUCCAUUGAUAUACUGUGAAACCUAUUUUAUUAAAUUCAUAUUUAUUGAAUGGAAGUAUGUUUUUCUGGUUUACAACUGCUAAAAAUCUCUGUCGUGGGGAGGAGAAAAUAAAUGGAAGUUAAUGUCAGUAGAAAAACGAAAAGGAUUCUUUAUGUGCAAAUGGGGAUAAUACCUAUCUCACAAGGUUGUUCUGAAUAUUGAGUAUGUGUUGAGUAUGCAUUUGUAUAGUAUCUGGCACAUAUGUGCUCAAUAAAUGUGUUUCUCCUUUU